CACGAACGCACGCGGCCGGCCCGCACGCACGCGGCCACACCGUUUCGUUUCAGUUCCUCCGCGGCUCCGCCUUCCCCUCCCCCACGCCAGCGUCGCACGGAGGAUUUUCAAUUUUUCAAACCACUCCCAGAACUCCCCAUCCACCACCACGCCCAGCCCAGAUCUAACCCUAAACCCAAAUGCCACUAUGACCACGCCGCGCCCCACCGCCACGCGCCGCGUGGGGUCGGCCGCCGCCGCCGCCCAGGCGGCGGCCGGCGAGCCCUACAACAUCCUGCCCAUCCACGACCUCCUCGCCGAGCACCCGUCGCUGCGCUUCCCCGAGGUGCGGGCCGCCGCCGCCGCGCUCCGGGCGGUGGGCGGCCUCCGCCCGCCGCCCUACUCGCAGUGGCGCGCCGACCAGGACCUCAUGGACUGGCUCGGCGCCUUCUUCGGCUUCCAGCGGGACAACGUGCGCAACCAGCGCGAGCACCUCGUGCUCCUGCUCGCCAACGCGCAGAUGCGCCUCUCCUCCGCCGACUUCUCCGACACCCUCGAGCCCCGCAUCGCGCGCUCCCUCCGCCGGAAGCUCCUCCGCAACUACACCUCCUGGUGCGGCUUCCUCGGCCGCCGCCCCAACGUCUACGUCCCCGACGCCGACCCCCGCGCCGAUUUGCUCUUCGCGGGACUCCACCUCCUCGUCUGGGGCGAGGCCGCCAACCUCCGCUUCGUGCCCGAGUGCAUCUGCUACAUCUACCACCACAUGGCUCUCGAGCUGCACCGGAUCCUCGAGGGCUACAUCGACACCACCACGGGCCAGCCCGCCAACCCCGCCGUGCACGGCGAGAACGCCUUCCUCGCCCGCGUCGUCACGCCCAUCUACGGCGUCAUCCGCUCUGAGGUCGAAUCCAGCCGCAACGGCACAGCUCCCCAUGCCGCCUGGCGGAACUACGACGACAUCAACGAGUACUUCUGGCGCCGUGAUGUCUUCGACCGUCUCGGCUGGCCCAUGGAGCAGUCCCGGCAAUUCUUCCGGACGCCACCCGAGCACGGCCGUGUGCGCAAGACGGGCUUUGUGGAGGUCCGCUCGUUCUGGAACAUUUACCGGAGCUUCGACAGGCUGUGGGUCAUGCUGGUGCUAUACUUGCAGGCCGCAGCCAUUGUCGCGUGGGAUGGUGAGACUUGGCCGUGGCAGAAUCUUCGGGGAAACCAGCACCGUGAAGCCCAGGUGCGAGUGCUCACCGUCUUCAUUACCUGGGCGGCACUACGAUUCCUGCAGUCGCUGCUGGACAUCGGCACACAGUUACGCCGUGCGUUCAGGGAUGGACGCAUGCUUGCAGUGCGCAUGGUGCUCAAGGCCAUUGUGGCAGCUGCGUGGGUUGUUGCAUUUGCUGUGCUGUACAAGGGAAUCUGGAGCCAGAGGGACAGUGACCGUGGCUGGUCGCGGGGGACCGAUUCUCGAAUCAUGAAGUUCUUGUAUGCAGCAGCAGCGUUUCUGAUCCCCGAGGUCCUUGCCACCGUGCUCUUUAUUAUUCCUUGGGUGCGGAAUGCAUUGGAGAAGACAAAUUGGAAGAUCUGCUAUGCCCUCACCUGGUGGUUUCAGAGCCGCAGCUUCGUUGGCCGCGGGCUUCGUGAGGGCACCUUUGACAAUGUGAAAUAUUCUAUUUUCUGGGUGCUUCUGCUUGCUGUGAAGUUUGCCUUUAGCUAUUUCCUCCAGAUCAGGCCACUUGUAAAACCUACAAAAGAGAUAUACAGGCUGAGUAAGGUCACAUAUGCUUGGCAUGAGUUCUUUGGGCAGAGCAACCGAUUUGCUGUGUUUAUAUUGUGGUUGCCGGUAGUUUUGAUCUACCUCAUGGAUAUCCAGAUCUGGUAUGCAAUCUUCUCUUCCAUGGCAGGUGCAUUUGUGGGGCUGUUUGCACACUUGGGAGAGAUCCGGGACAUGAAACAACUGAGGCUGCGGUUCCAGUUCUUUGCAAGUGCCAUGUCAUUCAACAUCAUGCCAGAGGAGCAACAUGUGAAUGAGCGCACUUUCUUGCCCAACCGGCUUCGGAAUUUCUGGCAGCGACUGCAGCUACGGUACGGGUUCAGCCGAUCGUUCCGUAAGAUCGAGUCAAAUCAGGUAGAAGCACGGAGGUUUGCACUUAUUUGGAAUGAGAUUAUCACCAAGUUCAGGGAGGAGGAUAUUGUAAGUGAUCUUGAAGUUGAGCUCCUUGAGCUACCACCUGAGCUGUGGAAUGUGCGUGUGAUCCGUUGGCCGUGCUUCUUGCUUUGUAAUGAGCUGUCACUGGCACUUGGGCAGGCAAAGGAGGUCCAAGGACCUGAUCGCAGGCUCUGGACGAAAAUCUGCAAGAAUGAUUAUCGUCGUUGUGCGGUCAUUGAGGUGUAUGAUAGUACCAAAUACAUGCUGCUAGAGAUCAUCAAGGAAAGGACUGAGGAACACGGCAUUGUGACGCAAUUGUUUCGCGAGUUCGAUGAAUCCAUGAAUUUGGAUAAGUUCACUGUGGAGUAUAAGAUGUCUGUGCUGCAAAACGUCCAUGCAAAGCUUGUAGCACUGCUAAGCCUACUUCUCAAGCCCAACAAGGAUAUCACAAAGAUUGUCAAUGCUCUUCAGACUCUCUAUGAUGUUGUGAUUCGUGACUUCCAGGCUGAGAAAAGGAGCAUGGAACAGCUGAGGAACGAAGGCCUGGCACAAUCAAGGCCAACCAGCCUUCUCUUUGUGGACACUGUCGUGCUGCCUGAUGAGGAGAAUGCCACAUUCUAUAAGCAGGUGCGGCGCAUGCACACCAUCCUGACCUCACGUGACUCUAUGGUCAAUGUCCCAAAGAACCUUGAAGCUCGGCGGAGGAUUGCUUUUUUCAGCAAUUCAUUGUUCAUGAACAUACCACGGGCAACCCAGGUGGAGAAGAUGAUGGCCUUCAGUGUCUUGACACCAUAUUAUAACGAAGAGGUGUUGUACAACAAGGACCAGCUCUAUAAGGGGAAUGAAGAUGGGAUAUCAAUACUAUACUAUCUGAAACAGAUCUACCCAGAUGAGUGGGAGUUCUUUGUUGAGCGCAUGAAGCGUGAGGGGAUGUCUGAUAUGAAGGAGCUGUACAGUGAGAAGCAAAGGUUAAGAGAUCUUCGGCACUGGGUCUCAUACAGGGGACAGACACUAUCACGUACUGUGAGGGGGAUGAUGUACUAUUAUGAUGCUCUCAAGAUGCUGACCUUUCUGGAUUCUGCCUCUGAACAUGACUUAAGAACUGGAUCGAGGGAGCUUGCUACAAUGGGUUCCUCAAGAUUUGGAUCCUCGAGAAGAGAAGGGAGUGCUGGUGGGUCAGGGUAUUAUAGCAGGGCCUCUUCGUCACACACACUGAGCAGAGCAACCAGUGGUGUGAGCUCUUUGUUUAAAGGUAGUGAGUAUGGGACUGUCCUUAUGAAAUACACUUAUGUGGUUGCAUGCCAAAUUUAUGGCCAGCAGAAAGCUAAAAAUGAUCCGCAUGCUUAUGAGAUAUUGGAGCUAAUGAAGAAUUAUGAAGCACUUCGUGUUGCCUAUGUUGACGAAAAACACUCGGCUGGUGCGGAACCAGAGUACUUCUCCGUCCUUGUGAAGUACGACCAGCAGUUGCAGAAAGAGGUUGAAAUUUAUCGAGUGAAGUUGCCUGGGCCACUGAAGCUUGGUGAAGGCAAGCCAGAGAACCAGAAUCAUGCACUCAUCUUCACAAGGGGUGAUGCAGUUCAAACUAUUGAUAUGAACCAAGACAAUUACUUUGAAGAGGCUCUGAAGAUGAGAAAUCUGCUGGAAGAGUUCAAUCGCCAUUAUGGAAUUCGCAAGCCAAAAAUCCUUGGGGUUCGGGAACAUGUGUUCACUGGCUCUGUAUCUUCUCUAGCUUGGUUUAUGUCUGCCCAAGAAACAAGUUUUGUCACUCUGGGGCAGCGAGUUCUAGCUAACCCACUCAAGGUUAGAAUGCAUUAUGGCCACCCAGAUGUGUUUGAUCGUCUUUGGUUCUUGGGCCGAGGUGGUAUUAGUAAAGCAUCAAGAGUAAUCAACAUCAGUGAGGAUAUCUUUGCUGGAUUCAAUUGUACCCUCCGUGGGGGCAAUGUUACACACCAUGAGUACAUCCAGGUUGGUAAAGGAAGGGAUGUGGGGCUCAACCAGGUUUCUAUGUUUGAAGCCAAGGUUGCUAGUGGCAAUGGUGAGCAAACUCUGAGCCGUGAUGUUUACAGACUGGGCCACAGAUUGGAUUUCUUUCGGAUGCUCUCGUUUUUUUAUACAACCAUUGGAUUCUAUUUCAACACAAUGAUGGUUGUGCUAACUGUCUAUGCCUUUGUCUGGGGGCGAUUUUAUCUUGCACUUAGUGGGCUCGAGGAGUACAUCACCAAGAACACUAGCACUACUAAUAAUGCAGCCCUGGGAGCUGUCCUGAAUCAGCAGUUCGUCAUACAGCUGGGCCUGUUCACAGCAUUGCCCAUGAUUAUUGAAAAUUCACUUGAGCAUGGUUUCCUCAAUGCUGUAUGGGAUUUCUUAAAAAUGCAAUUGCAGUUUGCAUCUGUUUUCUACACCUUCUCCAUGGGAACCAAGACACAUUAUUAUGGGCGGACAAUCCUUCAUGGAGGUGCAAAGUAUCGAGCUACUGGCCGUGGAUUUGUUGUGGAGCACAAGAAAUUCGCCGAGAACUACAGGCUAUAUGCCCGUAGCCAUUUUCUAAAAGCAAUAGAGCUCGGCGUGAUAUUGGUUCUCUAUGCAUCUUACAGCAGCAGUGCUGGGAAUACAUUUGUGUACAUCCUGCUGACACUUUCCAGUUGGUUUUUAGUAUCCUCGUGGAUUUUGGCCCCCUUCAUCUUUAAUCCAUCAGGUUUGGACUGGCUAAAGAAUUUUAAUGAUUUUGAGGAUUUCCUAAGCUGGAUUUGGUUCCAGGGUGGAAUCUCAGUGAAGUCAGAUCAAAGCUGGGAAAAGUGGUGGGAGGAGGAAACUGAUCACCUUAGGACCUCUGGUCUGUGGGGGAGCAUCUUGGAAAUCAUUAUAGACCUCCGAUAUUUCUUCUUUCAGUAUGCAAUUGUUUACCGGCUUCACAUUGCCAAUGGGAGUAGAAGCAUCCUUGUCUAUCUUCUUUCAUGGACAUGCAUACUGCUGGCUUUUGUGGCUCUUGUCGCAGUUGCUUACUUCCGAGACAGAUACGCAGCAAAGAAGCACAUAAGGUAUCGGCUUGUCCAAGCUAUAAUUGUUGGUGCCACUGUGACUGGUAUUGUCCUGUUGAUAGAAUUCACAAAUUUCAAGUUCAUUGAUGCCUUUACUAGUCUCUUGGCUUUUCUGCCAACUGGCUGGGGAAUCAUAUCUAUUGCUCUGGUGUUCAAGCCAUACCUGAGGAGGUCUGAGACAGUCUGGAAAACUAUUGUCACAGUGGCACGCCUGUAUGAUAUACUGUUUGGAGUAAUUGUUAUGACACCUGUAGCUGUGUUGUCAUGGUUGCCGGGGCUCCAGGAAAUGCAAACAAGGAUCCUAUUCAAUGAAGCCUUCAGCCGAGGACUUCAUAUUUCUCAAAUGUUUACUGGCAAAAAAGGACAUGGAGUUUAAGCUCAACCCAUUUUCAUUUCUCAAAGUGAUCUGCUUCAUUAUUCUGGAGGGUGCAGUUCUUCUCAGUGAUAUACGGUUCACAGAUGCUUCUGGUUUAGAGUAGAUGGAUGCUAGUUUCUGUACAGGCGACAUCUUUACCUUGAUUCUUUGUAACUUGAUGUACACAUGGAUUUCCGUAGUAGAAAUGAUGCGAUCAAACUUAAUGAGUCGUCGAUUAGGCUCAUAUUCAUGGUUCGAGAUUUUGCUAGUUUUGUAGUGAAACAGAGCUGUACAAGCUUUAUCCUGAAUGGACUUCUCGUGCCAGACAUUUCUUCGGGUGCUGCCAUGUUUUCGUUGUAAAGCUGGGAAUUGCUGUUCCUGCUUUUACCUGCACAUACAUCUACAUUGUGGGAGAUUGUAAUCUUGUACACCAAUUGUUAUCGGAAAUGUCAUCGGCUGGGUC